GGAUUGUUUGCACCUCUUCAGUUUUUUGGAAGAGUUUGCAAAGUUAACUCUUUAAAUGUUUGGUAGAAUUCACCAGGGAAAUCAUCUGGUGCUGAGACAACCUCGCUAUGGCAGGCAUUCCAAAAGACCAUGGAAGAAUCCAUCCAUUAGCAAUGGAUAAACCUCGGGUUGCAGAAGUCUCUGACUUGAGACAGCAGGUGUGGGCCUUUCAGCGUCAGGUCCUGGUGGCAGUUCCACGGAGUGAAAAUGUGGCUCCAGUUCCUGUCCCUAUUAUCACAAACAAGAAUCCAGACUCUCUUGAGAAAGACAAAGGGAAUCCCAUUUAUUUGGGAAUCCAGAGUCCAGAAAUGUGUCUGUGUUGUGAGGACAUCGGAGGACAGCCCAAAUUGCAGCUUAAGGACCGGAAGAUAAUGGAUCUGUACAACGAAGCUGAGCCGGUGAAGCCCUUCCUUUUCUACCACAGCCAGACAGGCAGUACCUCCAGCUUUGAGUCUGUGGCUUUUCCCGGCUGCUUCAUCGCCUCCUCCGAGAGAGGCCAGCCCAUCAUUCUCACUUCGGAGCUGGGGACAACGUACAAUACUGCCUUCCAUAUAGAUUUCAAGGAUUGAACUCAGCCUAGAGGUGGCAGCUUUGUUUUAUAAUUUCAAGUUCUCAGCGUGUUUUCAUCGAUAUUAUCUCAGCGUCAUUGUACAUCGAUGCUGUUCUCAUCUUAUUUUAUGAAUUGGAGAAGAAGCAAUGACUUUGUGGCAACCAAGGAAUAGAACGUGGACUCAAAAGCAGAAUGUGGGCUCUCCUUUCAGCUGAAACUGUCCAUCCCUCCAGCCAUUUGUGCGAUGACAUUGGGACCCACAAAACAGUUGGAGCCUCUCCCAGGUGUGGUUAUGAAGAAGCCUCAGGGCUCAUGAAUCUUACCCAAGAUCCCGGGACUAGCACAGAGCUGAUCUUUGUUUUUGUUUUGCUUUGUUUCCUUUACUAAUGGGAUUCUAUUUCCCAUAAUCUCUAUACAUUGCUAGUAUAUUGCAAGGAGUGUAAUACAUCCCUUUAAGGGUUAGGAACUUGUAAAGUAAAACAAUUCUUAAUUAAAUAACUUUGUCUAAUUCUAAUCUGUUACUAUAAGACCAAAUCCACCUGCCAAUGCCGGGGACAUGAGUUCAAUCCCUGGUCCGGGAAGAUCCAACAUGCCACAGAGCAACUUAAGCCCUUGUGCCACAACUACUGAGCCUGCACUCUAGAGCCUGUGAUCCACAACUACAGGAGCCCGUGUGCCUAGAGCCCGUUCUCCACAACAAGAGAAGACACCGCAAUGAGAAGCCCGUGUACAGUAACAAAGAUCCACCACAGCCAAAAAUAAAUGAAUAAAUAAAAUAAAACGAAAUAUAAACUCCAUGUGUUUAUACAAUAAGAAAGCUAAAACAGAUAUAAAGUGAAACAAGAAGGAAACUGAAAUUAGCAAGAGGAAUUGAAUGAGGACACUGCAGUGGGUGAGCCUGUCCUGGAGCUUAGCUGAGGGGAGGGCCCUUAUCAACAGUGAUAGAGUGGUGGGAGGGAGAGUGCAUGUAAAAGGGCACCCCGAUUUGACUACUUUCUGUGUAGUCUCACAGCCUUGCUUUCUUUUCCUUUUAGACAUUCUCACUGCCUUUAAACAUCUGUAGUAAAUGUGCCUUUUUUUGGAACAGAGGGGCUAAAUUUCCCACCAGCUGUGCUUCACAUGAUAUAUUCUGAUGAGAUGAAAUAACUGACUGUGGGUAUAAUUGUGGAACGUUGUAGGUCAGAUCUAGUUCUGUAUCCCAUAGAUUUCUUAUUUUGACUCUGAUACUACAAAGGCAGAAAAUUAUGUUUGCUUAAAUACAGUCAACGAAAUAGCACCAGUAGCUUAAAUGUUUUAAAAAAGCUUUCGGACGAUGAGACCACAUACUCUACUAGGUACAUUAGUUAGCGCUCAGUAAGCAUCGCUUCAAUGCAGUGUUUCUUGAUUUGCAAUAAUUUUCUUCUUCAGUGAAAUAUAUGUUUAGCAUGCAGUUUAUAAUAGUCAACAUUAAAGUGAGCAGUAAGCUAAUUAGUUCUGGAAUAUCAAAUAGAAGACUUAGUGACUGGAUAUAUAGUACUACACUCACUGCUAAUACAUGGUGACAGGUUGCCUCAUCUGCCAAUUUACAUUGUUACAUUAUCGAUUGCUCUGACAAUUGGGAUCUGAUGACACAUUCACUUGUAACAUGAUUGUGGUUCUGAGUGCUAUGGCAUCUGCAUCGUACCAGGCUGUGUAAUGAUUCAGGUUUCCCAUCUCCUUUCUCUACUGUGAAAUCUUUGUUCAUGAAGGCGCUAUGACACCCUGUAUAGUCACUUGGCACAUAUAGGAGCUCACGCAAAGCUGUAAUAUGCAUCCUGGUGCCAUGUGGCUGGGCUUGGGUUAAGGCAGUCAUUCUAGUCAUCCAGAAGAGAUUCUGAUAACUCAUUUAGAGUGUAAUCCAAAUGAAAACAUAAAGACUUCCCUGGUGGUCCAUUGAUUAGGACUCGGCCCUUUCACUGCUGUGGGCCCGGGUUCAACCCCUGGUCGUGGAAGUAAGAUCCCUCAUGCCAUGUGGGCUGGCCAAAAAACAAACGAACAAACAAGCAAACAAACAAGCCAACAGCAAACAUAAAUGAAAACAUAAUUAUCUCAUAGCUUGUGAAACCCAGAGAGCAGACUUCUAUGCACCCCUUGUUUACCCGUCACAUUUGAGCAAUAUCACAAACCAGGGGCCCCCAACCCCCAGGCCGUGGACCUGUACCAGUCUGUGGCCUGUUAGGAGCAGGGCACACGGCGGGAGGAGAGCGGUGGGCAAGCGAGGGAAGCUUCAUCUGUCGCUCCUCAUCCUUAACAGUACUGCCUGAACCAUCACCCCCCCGACUCCCACCCCAGCCAUGGAAAAAUUGUCUUCCAUGAAACUGGUCCCUGGUGCCAAAAAGGAUGGGGACAGCUGCCAUACACAACAUGGCACAGGGUAUGAAAUAUUGGAAGGCCCCUGUGAGUAGCAACCUCAUUUUCUGAGGAUUCCCUGGUGCACUCCUGAUUGUCACAUGUUUGCUGUAUCAAAUACUCUUACAUUUGAGUCCCGUGAGCUCCAGGCCAAUGUUCAUUGAAGGAGUGAGUUCCUUUGGCUUUUUAGCAAGUAAAUGCCCACAGAGGGCCUUGAUGCAGUGGGAGAGGGCCUUUUGGAUUCCAGUGGGGGAAUUAAGAACCUUGCCACCAAAAUCACAAGUACAGAGAACACAGUUGAGUGGGAUGUUUUCCUGUCGAGCUGCUUUGGGGCUCACAUCUUCUUGCACCAGCAUUGCUGAAAGGGCAAAGGCUGUUUCCUGAAGACACUGUCCCUUGACUCAUGAACGGCUGGGCAUGGGGACUAAGGAUGCUGCCCCCAAACCCUGAGAGCGAUGGUUGUAAUGGAUCAUUCUUCAUGUCAAUGAAACAUCAGUUUUUACUUCUUAGACUUUAGAAAGUUAUUUAAAUGAAGAUUUUUACCAAAAGAGUGCAUGUCUAUGGUUAAAAGCAAUAUUCUCCUAGGGAGGGAAUAUGGGGAUAUGUGUAUAAAAACAGUUGAUUGAACCUGGUGUACCCCCAAAAAAAUAAAAAAAUAAAAUAAAUUAAAAAAAAAAAAAAAAAGCAAUAUUCUCCUGCCUCAGUCUUAUUUUUCAGCCAACUGCUUUCUAUUUCAUGAAGCAACUGCUUAGUCUU